AUGAGCGUGGUGGGGACUCUGGCUCCAGGGUUGCAGGGUGGUGGGGGACUCAUGGCUCCAGGGGUUAGCAGGAGUGUGGUGGACUCUGGCUCCAGCGUUAGCGGGGUAGUCGGGGACUCUGGCUCCAGGGUUAGCGGGGUGGUGGGGGACUCUGGCUCCAGGGUUAGCGGGGUGGUGGUGGACUCUGGCUCCAGGGUUAGCAGGGUAGUGGGGGACUCUGGCUCCAGGGUUAGCAGGGUAGUAGGGGACUCUGGCUCCAGGGUUAGCGGGGUAGUGGGGGACUCUGGCUCCAGGGUUAGCGGGGUAGUGGUGUUGGAGGUGUCUGGGUCCAGCAGUCGCGGGGGGACAGAGGAGUGGGUGGCUGGGCAGAGGUCCAGAGGGAUGGAUGAAUCCCUGGCCAUGGAGGUAGAUGUGGGGUUAGGGUCAGGCUCUGGGCCAGGGCACGGCAGCAGAGGCAACUACGAAGAGGGAACAGGUGAAAUGAGAGACCACAGUGAAGGGGGACAUCUGCGACACAGAGGCUUUUUCCCGCCUAUCAAGACCAGGAUGGAGGAUUCAGUCAUGGAUGGUCUCACUCUGUCAUUCCAGCAAGGCUCUGCUAGAAAACCCUCUGGAAGGCUACAGGGCUCAAGUCACCACACCACGGCAGGUGUUGGGGCAACCCUGAGUGCAGGGGACUAUGAGGACAGGAGGAGGGAGUUUGAGGCCUGGCUACAGAAGGAGAACGAUACACUCUCAGGGAUUCUCAGCACAGAGGGACCGCUGAGCACCAGAGAACUCAAGAUCAGGCAGAACACACUCAUGACCUUGCGGUCCAGUGUAGACUGGGGUCAGGAGCAGUUCCAGCUACUACUGAUGGCUUGGGCUGUAGCCGGGGCCAGGGCUGACCGUGGGGCUGAGGAUGUGGGCAUGGAGGAGAUACGUUAUCGCUGGAUGCUCUACAAGUCCAAACUGAAGGACGUUGGGGACCUCAAGGCCCUGUUGAAUGUCAAGCAGGGUGCCAGUGCUGCUGGCCGAGAGGAACACACCAGGACAGCUAAGGAGAAGACUCCAGGCCUGCUGUAUCCGUGUGUGUCGAGUGGCCCUGGCCCCUCUGGCUCCUGCUGUUGGCUCUGCUCUCUCUUUGCCUUCUUCUGCCCUGGAUGGACGAAGGCUCCAGCUGCUCUCUACACGGGGGACAUGCCCGACGCAGCUGAGAGAGGCUGUGGACGCCACAACACAGUCAGCCCGUAUGGGUGGGAGGGAGAGCCCAGCAGCCAGCCAUCGACUACUGACAGCGAAGGAACUAAUUAA